GCUCAAAUUCGAAGAUCGUAAACUGUAAAUUUCACGUAAAUAGACCUCCAGCUGUAUUUGUCACUGAAAGUGAACCAGUGGGCCAACUUCAACAAAAGCUUAACCACAACUCAUCAUUUUGUAAAAGGGAUUUCAGUUUGUUCAAAUGAAGGGGCAUGUCUCUUUCAAAGGGGACGUAAUUUAGAUUAGGAAAAGUGAAGAUAGGGUGGUGUCUUUGAAGAAAUCUUCUCAAGAAACACAACAGGGCUCCCACUGGAGCAAGGAGAGAAUUUUGUAUCUUCAUGUUUUAAUGCUAUGGCAAAGUAACUGGUUUUUAACUUGCUUGACAUAGUGGCACCUAUUUGGGGAAAUGGAUCCAGGAAAAAGAGAUGCUCUGGUAGCUUGGCUUGAUUCAUUUUGUGAAGAUAGGAGUAUAACUUGCAUCAAUGAUGUAAGCUCAGGAACAGAUUUUUUGGACUUCAUUUCAAGACAUGAUUGUUCAAAGAAUUUCAGUAAUACACCACUGUCUAAGGAGUCAAUUUUCACUCUGAUUAGAGAAACAUUGGAAGGAAUCUAUGCCACUAACUUGACUGGGGAGAGCUCCAUCAUAGACUUUACAGCAGUUCUUCACCCAGACGUUUCAGCAGAAAAACUAGAGUUUGAACUUGCAAAGAUACUGCUGGCAUUAAUAGGGGCUUACUUCCAUCCAACCAAUGGAGAUAUUGGAGUCUUUGCCAAGAUCGCCCUGACCCUACCUACAGAAAAACAGGCACAGUUUCUUCAGAUGCUAGAACAUGUCCUCAGUAAAGACUUAGAUGAAGAGUUUGUGGGAGUUUUAUCCAAAAAAUUGGAUUCUGAUCCCGAUGGUGCUCUUUUCUUGAAACUAGUGACCACCCAUCCAGGCCCAGAGGCAUCGACGCCAUUAUUGGAACAGUCAUUCAACUUUGCCAGUAGAUGCAUCAAUGGCUCUAUAAGAGACAGUCCAAUUCCUGGUCAUCACAACAGUAGUGUCGCUAACCUUUCUGUACUGGAAAUCAACUCCCCACUUCGCAUGAUGUCCCUCAACUCCCCAACACCUGCUUCGUUUGGGGACCUCAUGCAUUCCCCUCAGCUCAUGCAGAAGGCACAGCUUCGACAGAAGGACAGAGAAAUCAAGCGAUUGGAGUUCAGUCUCCGCAGUGAGCAACACCUGAGAUGUGAACUGGAAAUGGAUCUAAAAGAAAAAUGUUCCACACUGGAACAGAAAGAGUUCAAAAUAAGAGAGCUAGAGGUAGCUAUUAGAGAACAGAGAAAGCUACAAGAUGCUGUUGAUGAACUGGACCAAGUGCAUAAUCUCAAUGAAAAACUGAAUCAGGAUUUACAAAGUUGCAAGGCUAAAAUGACUGACUUUCUAGAAAUGAAACAACAAAAAGAAUAUUUUGAGAAGCAGCACGAAGAAACCUUGACACAGUUAAAUCAGAUGGAAGAAGCUAUGCACAGCUUGGAAUCCUUGAAAAAGAGUCAUCAUGAGUACCGUAGCAAAUGCCACACACAGGAAGUGGAAAUCUCCAUGUUACAAACAACACUUCAGCACAGAGCUGAGGAAAUAGAGGCCCUCAAGGGACAACUGUCCACCAUGAAUGAGGCACGACAUGGUGCAAUUCAACAGUUUAAUGACAUGAAACGAGAGAAAGAGGAACUGGAAGAAAUGUUUGCUGCAACUGGUAUGGGUGGAAGUACUGGAGAAAACAUGGGAGUGGUAACGGAUAUCCGGAUCCGAGACCUAGAGGCCGAGUUAUAUCAGUUGAAGUCUGCCUGGAUUGACCCCAUAGCUCACGAUCAAGUGAAAAAAGAUCUGCUGCAAAUGACAGAAGCCAAAGAAACUUAUCAGACAAAGUUUUCUGAAGUUCACAAAGAUUUACUGGCAGCUCAGAGUGAAUUUGAUGCAAUGCAGUCAAAGGCCACCAGUUUAGAAUUUCAGCUUACUAAGAGUCAGCAGCUUUCUCAGCAACAGGAUGAAACCAUCAAAUCACAGACCAGGAAGCUUAGAGAGGAGCAGGAGACCCUGGCAUGUGUCAGAUUGUCAGAGGAGGGUCUGCAGACACGCUGUCAGGAGAUGGAGGAAUCUAUUACGAGUCUGAAGAAGGAGCUGGCCCGCAACCAAGCAGAGUACACGCUACUAACAGAAGAAUUUGAACGUGAAAAGCAAAUGCAUGAGACUAGACGACAGACAAUGACAACAUCCUAUGAUACAGUUCUAUCUGAAAAAAAGUCUCUGGAACAGUCAUUGAAUAAAGAAAAGGCCUCAUUAAUGAUUCAGAUAGAGGACCUUCAGAUUCGACUUGACUCCAAAACUGGGCAAGCUCGAAAUUCAGAAGAGGUUUUGAAAACUAAACUUGCAGCUGCACAAAACUCCGUGAAACAGACAGAAAUUGUUCUGGAGAAUGAGCGAUGGACCAAAGACAAUGUAAUAAAAGCUCUAAAAGAGGAAAUGACACAAUUGAAAGAGGAAAUAAAGCAGACAGAGGAAAAACUAAAUGCUCAGCUACGUGAGGCCAGACAGCAGGAGGAAUCAACUCAAUGGGAGAUCACUCAAAGGGAUCAAAGUAUUGAGGAGUUGAGGCAGCAACUGGAGGCCAUGAGGUCCCAAAGCAGGGAGGAGCAAGACCAGCACCAAGAGGAAAGGAACAGCCUUACACAAGAUCUCAGUCUACUGCAGAGUGAGAAGGAAAGAUUAAAAGCUAACUGUGUGAACUUUCAAGAAAAGAUCGAUAACAUGAGUGUUAAGAAUAAGUCUCAGUUAGAGGAACUUCAGAGCCAGCUGUCAUCUUGGCAGGACAAGCACCAGUUGAGUGUUCAUGACAAUCAGAAAUCUGUGGAGCAGUUGAGUGAACUCAAAGCUAAAAUCGAAGAAAAGGAACAGAAGUUUGAGUCUUUGAACACAAAUUGGAUGAGGGAAAAGGAGAAAAACGUGUUCCUCAGUAACAGGGUGAGUGAUCUAGAAAGUGACUACAAUGCUGAGAAGUGUUCCUCUGAGAAUAAGACCAUGGAAGUGAAUAGACAAAAGUGUGAAAUUGAGACACUGCAGAGAUCUUUGAAUAACACGAGGCAAGAAAAUGAUGAAUUCAAGAUGGAAAUUUUGGAACUGAAAACUAGCUACAAGAACUUGGAAUCAGAUAUGCAGAAUACUGUGGAUGAUAUGAAAAAUGACAUUUCUAAGAUAACAUCACAGAACAAAAAGUUGCAAAGUGAACACGAAAAUCUUCAAAUGGUUUCAAUGGAGAAGGAACAGACGAUGAAGAAGGAACUGAAUAGAUUGGAGCAGACAAGAAAUGACCUUGAAAAUCGUCUACAGCAAGAGAUUGAUUUCCACCAGGAGCAGCUCAGGCAACAUGAGGUAGCAAGUGAGCAGAACCAGAAGAUAAAUGUAGAAGUAUUGAUGUUACGUCAGCAUUUAAAUCAUAGAGAGGCAGAACUUGAAACAGUAAGAGAAGAGGUUCAGAAGAAACAAGACACAUUGGAAGAAAACAGUGGCCAGAUGGCACUAGUGAAGAAGAUUGCGGAGGUCAAGCAAGCAGACAAUGAACAACUCCAGCAGAAAAUCCAACAACUGGAAAAGAAGGUGAAAGAAAUGAAAGAGAGAGAAUUGAACCUUAACAAAGCACAGAACAGAAUGAAGACUGAAAGGGAUCAGUUUGAAAAACGUCUGCAAGAUAUGGAAACAACAGUUGGACAAUUGUCCAGAGAGUGUGAUUCUCUUGAAGUUGAAAAGAAUAAACUGAAUGGUCUGGUGGCAAAUUUAAGGAGCAGCUUGGGGGAUGUCCGUGCACAAAGAGAUGAACUUCAGACGCAGAUAGAUCAGCUAACCACUGAUAAAGCUAAGCAAGUCCAAAUAAUCUAUGACCAUGAAGAGGAGGCUCAAGAAUUGCAGCAGAAGAUCACAAGUUUGAAAGAAGAAGUUGAUUCCCUAACAAAGCAAACAUUUGCCAGCCAGUCUGUCAUUCAGCAAUCUGCCUCAGAAUGUGAGAGAUUGAAAGAGAAAAACAACAGAUUGGAAACUGAAAUUCAGACUCUGUCUUGUCAAUUAAAUGAUCAAUCUCAACAAAGGGAAUCACUCCAAAGCAGAAACCAGGAUUUGGAAGGUCAAGUAAUAAACCUUCACAAUGAGCUGGAGACAGAGAAGAGAAAUUUGCAUUCAUCUGUUAGUGAGAAAGAUGAGGCACAAAGACAGGUUGAGACUCUUACAGAGGAAAUCACUAGUCUUGAGUCUGAUCUCAACUCAAAAACACGAGAAUUUAUUGCUGAACUUAAAGAGAAAGGCCAGUACAUAACACAGUUAGAAGAGAGAAAUAAAAACCUGGAAAGCAAUCUUUCUGGGGAAAAAAUCAUUUCCGAAAGACUUUUAGAAGAAAAGAGUGAUCUUGAUAAAAUGAUUUUGGACUUGAAUGAAAAUUCAGAACAUCUGAGGAAUUCUUUGAAACAAAUAAGAGUAGAAAAUUCAAAUACCUUGAGUGAAUUGGAAUCCCUAAUAUCCAGAAACAAUGAUAUGGAAAAUGAACUGAAUUUGAAAGUUAAUGAAUGUGACAAUCUUGUGAAAGAAAAACAGAGCUUGUGUGAAAUGAUAGAGACAUUAAAAACCUCUGUAAACCAAUUGACAUCUCAACAGGAACAGAAUCUUAAUCAACUCGGGGAUAUGUCUGAAAAAUUUAGUGAAGCCAACAAACAACUUGAAUGCAAGGAAACGGAGGCAGAGAAACUGAGAUUAGAUUAUGAAAACUCUGUUGAGGAAAAGAAACAAGUAAUCAGUGAAUAUGGAGAGCAAAUUAGGACAUUGUGUGAAGAACACCAGGAGAAUGUGUCAGCUUUGAAAGAGGAGAAUUCACAAUUAAAGCAAAAAAGUGAAGAAGAAUUAAAGAGUUUAGUAGUAGACAUUACAGCAACAAAUCAUGAACUUAAGGAUGCUCGGGAUAGACGGAUGGCCAAUGAAAGAACAAUAGUAGAGCUGGAGAAGCAGUGUAAGGUGGAGAGGGAAGCUAAGAGAGAAAUGAAGGCUAUGUUUGAGAAAACUAUACAAGAACUGCAGGAGGAUGUGGACUUCAGAACAAAACGUUAUCAAGAGUUAGAGAAUCAAACUCACAGGAAACUUGAGGAAAAAGAGUCUUACUGGCGAGCACAGCUCGCACAAUUGGAAAAUGAAUACUCCAGGGCCUCUGAGGAGGUUAAAGAAAACUACAGCUCGGAGAUGACAGAGAAGCUCCACCAGAUGACUCAUCAAUAUGAGGCCAUGGUGGCUGAAAAAGAAGGCAUGCUUAGUAAUCAGAGGCUCAUCUUUCAAGAUCGCGUGUCUCAUCUGGAAAAUAGGGUUGCCCAGCGACAGAGGGAGGUGGAGGAUGCAAGAGGAAAAGCUAAAAAAUUAGAGGAUCUCCUUACAGAAGAGCUGACUAGCCAUAGGGAGCUGAAGUCCAUUACUCGUGAACUCAAGGACAAGAUCAUGGAUAAAGACAAUGUCAUCAAGGAACGAAACAUAGCUAUAGCACAGUUACAAAUGACAGCGAGUGAGAAGGAGACAGACAUUGCCAGUUCUUGUCAACAGAUUUCAACGCUUCAACAAGACAUUCAGUUCUUACAAGAUAAAGUCCAAUGUCUCUCUGAAGACAUUGAAAACCAGACCCACAACACUGGGGAUUUACAGAAAGAAGUGGAACUGUACAAAGAAGAGAGAGAUACUGCUUUGGCUGAAGUCAACAGUUAUAAACAACAGCUUGAUGCAGUAGAAGCUGAAAGAGAUAAAUGGCAGGAAGAAAAUGAAGGGUACUCUGAAAAGCUUGAAAAGUUCCAAGAAAACUUUAAUUACAAAUUGAAGCAAGCUGAACUUAAGGUACUUGAGACCCAAAACCAGAAGGAGAAUGCUGAACUUUCUCUAAAAAAUGAAAUCCACAGCUGGCAGAAAAAAUUAUACGAGGAAGGAGAAACCAAAGAAAAGCUGGAAAAUGAGUUGAAACAAGCCCUGGUGGAGAAUGAGAAAGCCCAGCGAAUGCUAGACAGCUAUAAAGUCCACUACAGCAAAAAGAAAGAACUCAUUGAGAUUCAGAACCAGGAAGUGGAAGCUCAUAGAAAUGUGGCUCGAGAUUUCCGCCAGAAGUGUGACAAGCUCACUUUAGAUAACAAGGUUCUAAAGCAAAAUUAUGAUGCAAUGAAAUCUGAAGCAGCUGCAUACAAAUCGAGACUGGAUAAGGCAGAAAAAGAUCUUGCCCCGAUAAAGGAGGAACUUCAAGCAGAGUGUUUAAAGAACAAACUACUCAACAAUGAUAUCCGAAGCGUGAAGGUUCAGUUAGACCAUGCUACUAGACAGCUGAGAGAUCUUAACAAGAAUGGUUGCAAGGUUACAGAAAAUGCUGAAUUGUUUUCCACGAACAAAGUUAUUGAUUCGAUCAAAAUGCAAGAUCAUGAAAUGGGGCAUGCUUUGUUUGGACAAACUGAAACCAAAAUGGUUCUGAGGCCUCGAGAGGCCAUUGAUUCCUUGGAUGAUUCAAUCUUUAUGGAGUCCCCACACAAAAAGGAACAUUUCAAAACGGUCAGCAAUAUAACCCUAAAGAGUGAAGUCAUGGAUGCCCUGUCAGAGCGAAGAAUGUCACUUAGGAGUCACUCCCAGCGUUUGUCAAGCUGUGAUAUGAACCAGAGUUUGUACAGUACUAGUUCCACAGCCUCUACUGCCAGUGUGCCACGUGGUGUGUUCCACUGUGAGGAUGAGCCAGAGGAAUUCGAAUGGAAUAGACUGACAGAACUACAAAGGAGAAACACCCUCUGUCCAGCCCACCUUAAAACAUCUUACCCUGUAGAAACCCAGCACGUCAAGCCUCAGGAAUUCACUGAUGAUGCACUGAGAUAUAGCAUGAUGCCUAGUGGCAAGAAACGCAAAAACGAACAGCUGAGCGAUGAAGACGAUACAAAAUCAUCCAUGCAUCUUCGGAGCAUUAAGCAAGCAAAACAUGGAUCUGUCCCACAGAAAUCAGCUCCUCUGACUCCUGCUAAACCAGAAACACCCUCUAGUGCAAGAAAGUCCAAAAAAACUCCGAAGAAAACACCUGGCAAACUCCGCACACCAAAACUCAGCACAAAUAGAGAAAAUUCAUCAUCCGUUAAAAAGUCGAGACUUGGCGGAUUAAAAUUCAGCAUAGGUUUUACGCCCAAGGACAAAAACAAAGAAAAUACCAAGAGUACAUCUAAGGUGGGUAAUCUUGUUAAGUUAUUUGAGGCACAGGGAUCACAGUCAUCUCAGAACGAGUCCAAAUUUCCCACACCUGUUGCAAAUAAAUGUAUCAAAACAUCAACACCUGUACAACACAAAAAUGUUGAAAUGAAAAGCAGUAAUUAUGAAAUACCAGCUGUACCGAAAAGCAAAGACCCUGAACUAUCAACAUCUGUUAAAGAGGGAGACAUUAGAAUUAAGACACCAACAAAACUGAAAAGCAGCAAAUUUCACACACCAGUCAGAUCAAAGCACAAAAUACCAGCUGAUCCAAUGAAAUUGGCUGUUACACCAGUAAAGGCAUUUGGGAGCUUUAUACAAAGAAUAUCUACUCCAAAGAGAUCACACAGGGUCAAACCUAUGGAAUUCAAUGUAAAGGAGUAAUGUUUGUACAUUUAGUAUUGUCAGAUUGUUAAUCUUCAUAUUUUGUCUUCAAUUUGUUUCAUGACAUUGGAGGAAUUUACAGAAAAUCUUUUCCCAUUGUUAGACUGGAUUUCCUAUGUAGGAUGGCUAUACACGUACAAUGUAGAUGCUAUUUGGGAUUUAUUGUUAGGGCCCCGCCAUAUGGUAAUCACUCCGUCUAUAAUCACUUUCUAUGGCACAUGGUAACUUAAGAUUCCUUGGAAAGGUUUUCAUCAAUUUUAUACAGGAUAUAAUCGUACUUGAAUUAGGCAGAGGAAACUCCUUUCAAUUUUUAUUGUCUUUGUCUUUACCAAGUUUGUGGGACUUAAAUUUUUUUUAAAUAUAUUAGAAAGAUAAUAGCAUAUUCUAUGGCAUGCAACUUGAGAUUACAUGAGAAGAUUCUCAUUUAAAGGCAAUGCAUGGAUUCCUAUAGUAAUCAAUGUCUGUUCUCUGUCAACACUUUCCAUGGCGUGUGAUAACUAAGUUUGCUUGGGAAUAUUUUCAUAAAUUUUAUACACAGUACUUGGGAUUAGGCAAAGGAGGGCCCCUUUUUCGAUUUAUUGUGGGGCCCUUUCUGUUGGUUUUCUAGUUACUUUUGUGUGUCACCUGUUUUCCUUAUUGUAACAGUUAGAGUUGAGCAGCCAGCAGCUGUAUGUCUGGUAGGUCUGGUGUUUCACAACAGAUAAGGUCAUUAAAACCUCCACUAAUGCCUUUAGGUUACAGGGCACACUCUUUAUUCUUAAGGUGCAUGCUUUCUAGUUCUGUAAAGUUUUCAUUCAAGAUUAUUAAGAAUCUAAACAGGAAUGUGCAUAAACAGCAGUUCAGAUGAUGUUGAUUAACAAUUCUUGACACCAUCUUCAUUUCUAGACACAAUCUAAUCAUGGGUUUGAUUUAUGCAUGCAUAAUAUGGUUACUUAAAGUUUGUUUUGAUAUACAUGUACUUUACUCCUGAGAAAAAAGAAUCAAUGAACAGAUGUGCAAAUUAUUCUAUAUUUCUCUGGUAACUUGAGGAUUUUAAUUUUUUUCAUUGUAAUAUGUGAAGUGUUUGGAAUCGCCUAGUAAUCAAUAUAAUUUUCUUUUUCAGGCCGAUAGGAAGCCCUUGAAAAGCAAAAACUGGUUUAACGUGGGACAUUAACUCUGUAGCUGAUCAGUUUCCUUAGCACUCUGAUAGAUAUUCUCGAAUAAAGGCAGAAUUUUACUGAGAUAUGUGAUUUGACAUUUACAACAUUCUGCAUCUUCAUACACUAUUUACAUUGUAAAAUUCCAUUUUAAGAUAUGUAUUUUCCGGAUAUUCAUGUCAGAGUUAAGUAUACUGCAUUAACUUUUGAUAUUCCAUUUCUAUAUACAAAAGGUAAACUGUAUACAACUAUGUGUGUUGUAGUUUUGAUAUGUAUAUAUAAUGUUGCUAUGUAAACAUGAGAUAUUUUAACUAUUCAGUUUUGUUAUUGUAAUUGGCCUCUCUCUUGGCAUGGAUUACACUUGUAUGAUAUAAUUCUUGGUUUUAUAAAAAUCACAAACUCCAAUGUAUAGCCAGGAAAGGUUGUGACUCUUUUUAUGUAAAAUGGAAUCAUGUUUUUACUAGUCAUGUAGAAAUAGCUUAGUGUAAACAUUAUUUAUUGUGUGUAAUCAUGUAAUUUGCUAUGUAUCUCCGUGCUUCAGGCACCAGAAAAUGGCAGCAGUAAAGGAAGUAAAACAUAA